UAUAGGAAUUCCCAGAUCUUCAUAAACAGAUUCUCUUUUAAAUGGUGCAAAAGUAUUUUCAACUGUAUAACGAUUUUAAAUAUUCAGUUAUCAUAUGAAAGUUAAGUUUUCAAAAUAAAUGUAAAUUUAUUUGUGUCGCGAUUGAGUGUUCACAUGUAAUAUUGCGCAGAAAGCAACAACAGCGUUUUCUCGUGCUGCGAUUUAUGCGUAUAGUGAUUCCGACAUAUGAAAUUUACCGAUUAAUUUGCGUAAUUUAUUGUAAUGAAUAAAGUUUUUCCAAUUCGAUCACUUUGAUUCACUGUAUCGAAACAUAAAUUCUAUCCGAAAACUCACAAGUGAAAUUAAGAUUAAUUGUGUGGACACCUCAAUGUAAUUUCAAAUUAUAAAUCGAUAUUCUCAGAUGUAGACGUCUCGCACUUAAUGGUAUCACACAGUAUUCUCUACCGCCUACAGAACAUUCAACAACAAACGAGCAAUUGAUUAAUGCAACCGCUAAUAAGUACACAAAGCGAAAUUUUCUUGAUGCUACAUAACUACGUGUUGCUGACAGUGACCGCAGGAAAAUAGACGACUUUCGGAAUCAUAUCAGUUGCGAUAAGUGGAUGAUUUGCUUAAUACCCUGAAUACGGUAGCUCUCUCAAAUGAGACAAUUAAAGCAAAGCCGGCUCAAGAAAAAAUUUGCCAGAGGAGCAUGAAAUUAUCUUUAUUCUGUAUGUACACAUAUAUGUGCGAAGAUAAUCGCAUACUGUGUGAAAUACGAUUCUAAAGCCAAAGAAUAUACGUGGAACGACGACUGCUCUGAUAGAUGUUACGCCCGAACUUCCCUAAAUUUAUGAAUUAGUUAUGUUUUUGACGCGAAAGCGGAAGUUUCUUAAAAGUGCCGCCUAACUUUUACCUUUGACUCUUUUACUCAUCAUAAUUGACUCGCUAGAUUCUCCUCAUUAAGUUACUCUACUAUUUGUUAACGAAACAGUGACGUGUAAUUAAGUAUUUUGCGAAUAGAGAACACGACCAGUACAGAAAUGUAUGGAAUUCAUCAGAUUGUAAAAGAUAUCUUCUGGAUAACUUUAGUUCCUGGACUUUUCGUAGCGUGUUGGCUGGCAGGGGUAAUUGCCUACGGGUCGUUAAAAUUGAGUUUAUUAUGCUGCUUUAUAGUGUUUGUUAUUCUGCCGUUGCUGUUUAAGUAUUCGGUGUCAUUGCAGCGAAAUAUUUUGUUUUUAACUUUCGUGUCAUAUCCACGAGAUUUGGAUUUCAAAAGACCAGAUAAGAUAGACCUCUAUGCCACUCGAAAUUUCUAUGUGGAAGUGAAGGACAAUUCCCAAGCGAAGCCGAUCAACUUGAAAGUUGGGGUUUGGCAUGUUUUACCGACGUAUGUUGUGAAAAAAUUUAACGAGCGGUUCCAUUUGAAUGAUCAAGCUCUUGCAGAAAUUAAUAACGCCACAGAUAUAUCGGACCCCGUUCUUGAUAGGGAUGAAUCCGCGUUGAAAGCCGAAUUCCCUUAUAUUAAUGAGCAAAAUGAGCAAGCAUUCUUCGAGCGAAUGCUACGUCAACCAGGAACGACGAUUGUUCUAUACUUGCAUGGAAACACUUCCUCACGUGGUGCACCCCAUCGAGUUGAUUUGUACAAACUCCUACGACGCCUAGGCUACCAUGUUAUUGCUUUUGACUAUAGAGGUUACGGAGAUUCAGACAAAGUACAACCCACUGAAGAAGGGGUCAUACUGGACUCACUGGCUGUGUAUAAAUAUAUUCGAAGCUUAACAAAGAACCCGGUGUUCUUAUGGGGUCAUUCAUUGGGCACUGGAGUAUCGACGCAUUUACUUUCUAUUCUGCAGCAAAUGAACGUAGAACAGCAGCCGCGAGCUGUUGUUCUUGAAAGCCCCUUCACAAGUAUCCGGGACGAAAUCCGUCAACAUCCAUUUUCUACGCUUUUCCGAAAUUUGCCUUGGUUCGAACAUACAAUUUCACGACCAAUGUAUGCAAAUUCCUUGCGUUUCGAAUCGGAUAAACACAUAAAUGAAUUCCGACAGCCGGUUCUGAUUUUACAUGCUGAAGACGAUAUAGUUGUUCCUUUCGAGCUGGGCUAUCGAUUGUAUCGUAUAGCGCUAGACAAUCGUGCAAAAUCGUGGGGACCAGUUGAGUUCCAUCGAUUUGAAGCCACAUCACGGUACGGUCAUAAAUUUUUAUGUCGCGCACCAGACUUACCAGAAAUCAUAAGUCAUUUCUUCAACACCUACCGUAAUGAGAUUUACUAAAUUUAGUAACUAAGUACGUAAUUACUGUGACAUAGUAAAUCUCGAAAAGUCAAAUCUUGAAUUAGUUUCAUUUCUCUAAUUAUAGUUGUUGUGAAUAAACUGUGACCUCUGGCUAUAAUUCAGUAUCUAUAACUAUUUAUAAGUGUAACUGAUUUAGACUUGAAAUUUUAUAUAUUAGCAAUGUUUUAUUGUUAAUUGUAUUCGAAUAAAAUUAUUUGAGUUUAUA